AUAAUUGGCUGGAUGUGGUAUUUGGAGAUGCUGAGCUGGCUCCUUCCCCCCAUGUCCCUGCACACACACAGGGGUGGGUUGCGCGGGCGGCAGAGGGAGGCAGGGCUGGGUGGCGGCAGCGGCGGCUCCUCUGCCACUCCCUGCCUCCCUGCCUCGCUGUCCGAGCCGCUCGCGCUGCUGGGCUGCUGCCUGCGGCCGGGCGAGGCGGCGGAGCCGGGCCGCGGGGAGCGGGGGCUGCUGCUGCUGUCGGCGGCGGGGAUGAUGGCGGAGGGCGGCGGCGGGGGGCCGCGGCGGAAGGCGCUGUCCCUGCUGGAGGCGGCCCGCUCCCGCUACGAGAGCCUGCAGAUCUCGGACGACGUGUUCGGGGAGUCGGGCCAGGACAGCAGCGGGAACCCCUUCUACAGCACCUCGGCCGACUCCCGCUCCGCCUCCUCCCAGGACGAGGACGAGGAGCAGCUCGCGGCUGCGGAGGGGCCCGGCCCCAGGGGCAGGGGGCGCCGUGUCCCCAGGGCGCUGGCGGCGGAGCGGCAGCAGGUUUCCGGUGGCGGCGGCAGCCCCGGCCCCACGGAAGAGGAGGAGGAGGGGGGCUGGAUCCCGACCCUGCGCGACGCCCCACCCCCAGACUUCAAGGAUAGCUUCGGUCCAACCCGUAAAAUGCCCCAAACUGCCAGUGCCAUGGACUUUUUUCAGCUCUUUGUCCCUGACAAUGUACUAAAGAACAUGGUGGUACAAACCAACAUGUAUGCCAAGAAGUACCAGGAGAGAUUUGGCAAAGAUGAUGCCUGGAUGGAUGUCACUCUAACAGAAAUGAAAGCCUUCCUAGGCUACAUGAUCUCAACAAGCAUUCACCACUGCGAGUCCGUCCUCAGCAUUUGGAGCAGUGGCUUCUACAGCAACAGGAGCAUAGCGCUGAUCAUGACACAGCCGCGGUUUGAGAAAAUCCUGAAGUACUUCCACAUUGUGGCCUUCCGUUCCAGCCAGAUGACACAUGGCCUCUACAAAAUUCAGCCUUUUCUGGACUCUCUGCAGUAUGGCUUUGACUCUGCUUUUAGGCCUUCCCAAACCCAGGUGCUACAUGAACCGCUGAUCGAUGAGGACCCAGUUUUCAUUGCCACAUGCACAGAGCGGGAGCUACGCAAAAGGAAAAAGCGGAAAUUCAGCCUGUGGGUUCGGCAGUGCUCAUCUACUGGUUUCAUCUGUCAGAUUUAUGUCCAUCUAAAAGAAGGAGGCGGUGCUGACGGACUGGAUGCUUUGAAGAACAAGCCCCAACUCCACAGUAUGGUGGCCAAGAGCCUUUGUCAGAAUGCAUCAGGAAAAAACUACAUCAUCUUCACUGGCCCUAGCAUUACCAGCCUGAACCUUUUUGAAGAGUUUGAGAAGCAAGAAAUUUAUUGCUGCGGGUUGCUGAGUUCCAGGAAAAGUGACUGCACAGGCCUACCUCCAUCAAUGCUGCAUAACCCAGAAGCUCCUCAGUCCAGAGGGCAGUACAGAAUAAAGAUGAAGGGAAACAUGUCCCUGAUCUGCUGGUACAACAAAGGGCAUUUUCGUUUUCUCACUAAUGCCUAUUCUCCAGUUCAACAAGGAGUUAUAAUUAAGAGAAAAAGUGGCGAGAUCCCAUGCCCGUUGGCAGUAGAAGCUUUUGCUGCUCAUCUUAGCUAUAUCUGCAAAUAUGACGACAAAUACAGCAAGUAUUUCAUUUCUCAUAAACCAAACAAGACCUGGCAACAAGUGUUCUGGUUUACCAUCAGCAUUGCCAUAAACAAUGCCUACAUCCUGUACAAAAUGUCAGAUGCCUAUCACGUGAAAAGGUACAGCCGGGCACAGUUUGGCGAGAGACUUAUAAAGGAGCUGCUGGGCUUGGAGGACACCUCACCUUCUCAUUGAUGCAUUAUUCCUUGUGGCUUAGGACUGGGGUGGAGGGGGAGCAGAAGAGGAGACCACAGCUCUGGAAUGUCAAAACAGGAUAUGUCAUGACAUCACCAAUGCCGCUCCCUAUAGGAAAAUGACAGUGAUGCCAGUAGAGGGGUGGAGACGUUGUUAAAAGUAGCAGCUGGCUGUUGAGUGUCCUACAGAGAGAGCCACAGGAAAAGUCAACACACAACUGCAUCUGUGAAUGCUCUGCGAGUACCUGUCCAUCCAAAAAGAUUUAAGUUAGUAGCCAUUUGUCUGCCAUAUCUGUUGAACAGGGUCAUCUCGUAAGGCUUCCAUAGGGCUCACCACGAGCUUGCCACAAAGGGAUGUAGCUCAAUGGUCCUAGGUGGGCAUUACAAAAACUCUGCCUUGUCUGGAGUUCUUUAACUCUGGGACAAGCUAUGUGUCAUGGAUGACAGUGUCUGACACCUUGUAAGGAAUCAUGACAUGGUUAAAGAGAAACAGAUUUAUAUGUUCUUCACACACAUAUUGACAGAUUGACCUGUAACAAGCAAAGACAACCAAGACUGAGUAACAGUUAAGAGCUUUUUUUUUUUUUUUUUUUUUUAAAAUAAGUGUUAAGGCAAUCAGAUUGCAGUACAGGAAUAAAAAGUUUAGGGGAAAAUUAAUCAUAUUGGCAAACUUUUUAAAAAAAAGUCUGAGUGAAAUUUUAAAAAUCAUGGGGAAAGCUGAAUUGAUACAUAAAGUUUAACAAAUAAAUGAUCAUACUGCCUGCCACCAUAGCUUCCAUAUUGCGUGCAGGGUGAGACAUCUCAGAGUGUAACAACUAAAACAACUAGAUUUUCCUUGAUUUCAGUUGUAGCUUCAGGUUCUUCUAAGUGUUGCUUAAGAUCUACCUUAAUGGACUGUUUUACUUAAAUUUCUAUGGAUAUUUUUCAUUCCCCCCCCCUUUUUUUUUUUUUUAAAUAUCAAGACAUUUUUCAUCUUAGAACUUCAUUUCCUAUUAACACACCUUUGGCAAGAAAAAAUUGUUCACCGAUAGCAGUGCGUUUUGUGUUUUCACUGUUGGGUGUUCUGUAGGAAUCCUUCUUAGAAUUUGAGAUGCGUCACAGUAGCUGUAGUUUUGCAAAUUAUAUGUUUAGAAAAAUAGUGUGUCAUUGUAAAAAACAGUUCAGGUGCAACCAGACAUUGACCUCACUGAAGCAGAACAAAACCCAAAUGCUUUCCUUGUUCUGAGGGACUCUCUGGAAGCUAGAACCGUUAAGAAUUAGUGCAGCCUGGUGCCAAUGCCCAGUAUUGACAAGACUGCUUGGCUGAAUGUUUUCAACACAAUACUGGGUUCGCUGCCACCAGGACGCUUCAGUGGGGAAAGCGACAGGAGAGAGAGAUCUGAUAGCAGGAGGCAAAACCCCAGCACUGGAGUAAAAUACUGCUCUUCCUUCAUCACAUUAUUAUCGAUUGAUUAAACCCACAACCCAGUAAACUAGGAGACAUACUACAGUUAAAACUUUAGUAUGGUAGAACAUAUGGGAAUGCACUAAUUUACAGGGUACAAAUAAUAUGCAACUUCUCAUUGUGGACGGUUUGGGCCAACUCCCACUGAAGGCAAUAGAAAAGUUCUCUGACUUUGAUGGGAGUUUUAUGUUCUAGUCAUUGCUCGUUUUUUUAUGGGGCACAAGUAGUUGUUCCAAAAUUUGGAUUUUGGGCGGGGGGAGUUUCACACAAACUUUACUUGACCAGAGAGAGGUUUUCAUUAGUUCAGAAGGGUUUGUUUUUAAUUUUCCACUAUUUGUGUCCCAGAACACAACUGCCUCCUCCUAGUAUAGGAGACCCUUUCAGUGAAACAGGCCAUAAAGAGAAUGUGGGUUUGAACAGCCUAAAUUCACUGUCCAUGGGGCAUAAAUGGGGAAAGAUAAACGUCAGUUGGAAAACACUUAUUUCCCCCUGGCAUUCCGAGAGACGUAGAAGAAUUUUGAAACUGAGUUAUCUUGCUUGUGCCCCAUAAUUGCCAGCAAGGUUAUAAGAAGCAAUAAAUGGUUAGUAAGGCUCUAGCAGGGGCGGGGUGAUACAAUUUAGAAGCCCAAAUAUGGACAAGAUCAUUCCCUUGGGCUGGGGGGUGAAACUGUCUGUUUCUGCCAAAUUCUUCCACUGCAUAGUGGAGUUUGCUUUUUCCCACCGAACCCUCAAAUGCAGCAGGAUGCUUGGCAUCCAGACCUCACCGGAUGUGUGCCUAGCCUCUGAGACCUCCUCGAUUCCUCCCCCUUUCCAACUACCAGGCUAUGCGAGUCCAGUAGAUCAAUGCUGUGAGGAUAUUUCUCACACAUGCUCCUCUCCCACCCCACCAUGAAAGGGGUUGCUAACGGGUGUGGGGACCUUACAAAAAGGCAUUCUGCUUUUUGCAUGGAAGCCCUAUGGGGCUCAAAGGGGAAAAUGCAUGUCCCCCCAUUAUCCUCCCCCUCCUCACGGUGAUCUCUAAAUCCACUUUCAGCCCUCUGGGAAGACAGACACAUGCCCAGUUCUGUGUAGGAGGAAGAUCUGCACAUGGAGAGUCACCUGCAUCCAGAAGUUUUUAGCAGAACAUUCCUCUCCAUUAUCAGGCCUAGAGCCACACUGGACCAAUUAGUUCCUGUGUUGUAUAGGGACAUCAUAACACAAGACAAUGCAUUUUCUGUGUAAUAAAAUGGAACAAAGGAGCAAUUGGACGCUAAGGGAUAAGACAACAAUAUAGAGGUAGAAAAGUUAAUGCAAACAAAAAGAGUAUUGGAAGGGAUAUAGAACCUCAUGCUCAGGCUUUACACCAAUCUCUAAUUAAGGAUUAGGAUGAAAUCUUAAUGGAAAUUAGAUUAUCUCAUGUUUUCUUACUAUGGGGUUCUUACACUUUGCUCUGAGACAUCUGGUAUUGUCUGCUACCAGGGACAGGCUACUGGACUAGAUGGACCUUGGGUCUGAUCCAGGCUGGCACUGUAUUUCAAUCUAACAGUAGUAAGAGUUUUGUGAUAUGACAGGUCAUGCCCAGUGGUGCCACUUUAUUCCCUACUCAUUGUCAGCACAACCCUACAUUUACAUUACAACAUUGGCUUUACAUAUGGCCUUUCAAAGUGCAGUGGUUUUAACAGUUUCAUCACAUAGCAGCAAAAACAUCUGUGUGUCACAGCAUGAAUUUGCUUUCUAGUGUUAUCACAUCAGAGCACCAUCAUGUGGUACUGUUGGUUGUAGACCCCCAAAGAGAUUAAGACCUGUUUUGUUUGCAGGGAAACCAGGCUUAGCCCCAUAGAAAUUGAGGUAGUCGGUUUACCUAAUACUACGCCGUAGUUGGCAGAAAUAGAUUGAUAGAGUGCUAAUAAAUACCACCUAUCUCAAAGACCAAAAUAUUCAAAUAGGCUGCCUAAAGCACAGCACAGAAAUAAAUUUUCAGAAGUGCUCAGAACCCACCACUCUCAACCUCUGAAAAUCCAGCCUCAUCACUCUCAUCGUGAUGCCUGACUUUAGGCCAACAUUUUUCGAACAUGGUUGGCUAAACAAUCAUGUAAAGAGUAGUUGACAUGCUCAUUGUGCCCUGUAACUUCAAAAUUUUGCCAAAAUUUAUUCUGAAGAGUAGUUGCUAGUUACAUAGCUAGAAUUACCAAGGAAAGAACAUGGGGAUGAGAUCUGGUUGGAACUUUCAUAAACAGACAGCUUCCCCAUAGCAACCGUCUGAUCAGAGCAACCUUCCUUCCUUUGUCUGCAGUGCAAGAACAUUGCUGAGAAAGGAUGGGCUCAAUCCUCCAACAUAGAAUAUCAGGGUUGGAAGGGACCUCAGGAGGUCAUCUAGUCCAAUCCCCUGCUCAAAGAGACCAAUCCCCAAUUAAAUCAUCCCAGCCAGGGCUUUGUCAAGCCUGAUCUUAAAGACUUCUAAGGAAGGAGAUUCCUCCACCUCCCUAGGUAACGCAUUCCAGUGUUUCACCACCCUCCUAGUGAAAAAGUUUUUCCUAAUAUUCAACCUAAACCUCCCCCACUGCAACUUGAGACCAUUACUCCUCGUUCUGUCAUCUGCUACCACUGAGAACAGUCUAGAUCCAUCCUCUUUGGAACCCCCUUUCAGGUAGUUGAAAGCAGCUAUCAAAUCCCCCCUCAUUCUUCUCUUCCGCAGACUAAACAAUCGCAGUUCCCUCAGCCUCGCCUCAUAAGUCAUGUGUUCCAAUCACCUAAUCAUUUUUGUUGCCCUCUGCUGGACGUUUUCCAAUUUUUCCACAUUCUUCUUGUAGCGUGGGGCCCAAAACUGGACACAGUACUCCAGAUGAGGCCUCACCAAUGUUGAAUGGAGGGGAAUGAUCAUGUCCCUCAAUCUGCUUGCAAUGCCCCUAUAUAUACAUCCCAAAAUGCCAUUGGCCUUCUUGGCAACAAGGGCACACUGUUGACUCAUAUCCAGCUUCUCAUCCACUGUAACCCCUCGGUCCUUUUCUGCAGAACUGCUGCCAAGCCAUUUGGUCCCUAGUUUGUAGCGGUGCAUGGGAUUCUUCCGUUCUAAGUGCAGGACUUUGCACUUGUCCUUGUUUUGGCCCAAUCCUCUAAUUUGUCUAGGGCCUUGUGUAUCCUAUCCCUACCCUCCAGCGUAUCUACCUCUCCUCCCAGUUUAGUGUCAUCUGCAACAUGCUGAGUAUCUCCCAUAAGGAUCUGAGCUUCCCAACUCUCACUGAUAUCAGUGAUAGCUAAGGGCUUUCCUCACCUCACAGGAGGUCCUCAGCACUUUAUAGUAGUAAGCCCCAGACCAACUAGAUGAGUUACAUCUAUUCUCUCAGAGCUUGGGCCUAACACAGGGUCUGAUGCAAAACCAUCAGUUUUUCCAGUGGCUUCAGUGGAUCAGGCCCAUCUACUACAGAAACUGCCUUUUAAAAUAAAAUAAAAAAUAAAUAAAUAGUUGGAAAAUAGUUUUCCACAGGUUUGUUCUGCUCACGGUAUAGAUUGCAUGAGCUAAAAUUUUACCAGGUACUAGUUUUACCUCAGGGAUUGGCUCCUGAGUAGUUCUCCCUUGAUUUGGUGUUGACGGACCGAUUACACAGUGGCUAGCUGAUUAUUAUAGGGAAUUAUAUUUUUUUCCCCUCCUGCAUAAAGGAGGGAAACAGACAGAAGCAAAGUAUUGCUUUGCAAUCAGUUUCAGUCCCCCACUCCCUCCCCUAAGCAUCUCCCACGACCUUGAACUGGCUUCCUUAAGAUGCCUAGACGUUCAAUAAAAGAAUAAGCCAAAAAAAAAAAAAAAAAAACCCAAAACAAAAUACCCCCACCCAACCCUGUAUAAAAUGACUAAAAGCUAGGUUUCACAGCCUACAAGCAAAAUUCACCAAAGUAAAACUUAGCCUAUGCCAAUAAAAUGACUGAUCCACAAUAUCUUUCCCAUUAUAUUUAUCUGGCAGGAGGAAGGAUGGGGAAUAUUGUGGGGUUUUUUGUUUUGUUGUUGUUAAAAAGCAUCUCACAGUUUCUCUUUAAAUAUUACAAAAACCUUUUCUUGGUAAAAACAAUUUAGUGUCCACAGCAGUUCAGACCUCAUAGUCUUGCUGUAUAUUAGAUUUUGCAAUUUCCCACACCCGACCACAGAAAUAUAUGGCUGUUCCUUAGUUUCAGAAAUCAAUAAAAGCAAAGGGCAAAGUGUCAGAGUAUUGCAAGAACACUGUUGACGACCUUGUACGAGCAUGGGAUGCCAGUGACAUUGUGUAAACAUGGUUUGUGUGAUGGCUUGUACCAUGAAAUUGGGUAUGGUUAAGUAUCCUCAAGCCAUUCUGGGUAAAGACCUUAAAGCUCAGCAUUAAUUAAAAACUGAGGGAAAUGCAAAAUACCUGAGAUCAGCUUCUCUCUACCUCUCAGAAGGGGACAUUGAAAGUGGAGCAAAUCAGGGGAGGGAAAGUUGUCCCUCUUCUGUAAAAUUUGUUUUCAUUCAGUGUGCAAUUCCUAGCAUUGGACAUUCUUUGUUCACCGCAGUAUGCAGACUGCUUCAAAGAAUUAAAGUCAGACAGUGGGAUAUGCAGACAACAUUCUAUGCACAGCACCUCUUCCAAGGAGUUUUCAUGUCCUGUCAAGACAAGUAUUUGAAAAAAGGCUCAUUACAGCGUGCAACAUUUAUAUAACGUUCACUGAAGCUAAAAGCCAGUGUCAAAUAGUGUCGUAUUAUAGCUUGCACCACUGUGGAAAAGUAUUGGAAGGGCUCACUGGAACUCUGACCCGAUUGCUUUUUAUCUCAGCCCAUUUGUGCACUUGAAAAGAAAAGGAAAGAUUUAAAGACAUCUCUCCCGUUUUCUUUUUUGCUCAGUGGUUCUGGCUACGUUCUGUCUAAGCAUCUCUUAAUCCUGGUCUCUCUCUCUUUUUCAUUAACAGAUAUUUUAAGAACCCAGAUUUCUCAGUGUCACUAAAUAAUUGAUUCAGUGAUAUCAUUUUUAGUUUCUUAUACAUCUCACAAAGGACAGAAAGACAUUUCUCUAUUUCCACGGUUACACAAAGGCACUGACUCAAAACCAGCAUUUUCAUUCCUGACCUCCAGCAACCCUUACUUUGCUCCUUUUAGGACAGAGGUUUGUUCUUCUAACAUCUACCUAAUGGGUGCUUUCUUGAGUUGGCAGGUAAUGAGGCCUCUCUUAGGGCAAUUCUAUGCUUCCUUUAGAUAUGGGUCAUGUCAGGAGCUGAUUUUAGUGGUGGUUUCGGGAAUAUAUUGCACUGUAAUAACAUUUUGCACUUCUGUAAUGCCUUCCAUCUAAGGAUCUUGAAGUACUUUAGAAUAUGAACAUUAAUUAGCCCUCACUGAACCCCUGUGAAGGGGGCAGGAAGUAUCAACACCCCCCAUUUACAAAUGGGGAAAACAAACACAGAGAGGGUAAGUGAUUUACCCACGGUCACACGACAAAGUCUGUGGUAGAGCUGGGAAGUAGAGGUGAUUCUCCCAACUCCCAGUCCUUAGGACUGCAUGUGAUUUUUAAAGAGAUUUAUAGUUUUUAUUCAUAGGCCCAGAGGUCAAACUAGAUGUAUUUUUCUAAACUAGAAAAAUAAAUGAAAGGAACUUAACAAAACUGGCCUUCCCUUCUGGAGUAGAGACCACAUGACUCAGUCACCUUACUCAUUUCAUUUCUCACAAUGCAUUGUGAGCCUCAGCCAAAGCCCACUGCAGUCACUGGAAAGAUUCCCAUUGAAUUCAAUGAACUUUGGAGGAAACCUGCUGACUUGACUGGGGGAGCCCAGAGCAGGGAGAGAAAGAGAGGGUCUGUAAUCCAGUGAACAACGUACAAUGUAGUGCAACCCAGCCAAUAAUAGAAACAGUUACUAACAAUUAUCUCUAGUAAAAAAUAAAAAAAGUCUACGUUAAGUAAAUCUCCCAUCCUUCUCUGCUAUGGAAUUCCCAUGGAGCCAAAAGCUCAUCUAAGUCUGAGCUCCAAAGAGCCAACAACAUUUACAGAGCAAAGCAGCUUUGUUGUAGCUUAAAAUAUGUAUAUAUUUGGCCUGCCUUUGAAUAGGGAUCUUUGCAAAUAUCAGUCUAUCAUCUGCUCAGAUGUAAUCCUAUUUACAGUUCUCCUUACUACAUUUCUCCUUGUCCAGGUUAGGAUGUAAGGCUACCCUUAGCCCUCCCUGUUUUUUGUUCAUGGUAUCAUUAAAACCUAGAGAUGGAAAGGCCCUGUUAGAUCAUCUAUUCCUUGGGGAACAGUGUAGAAUUGGUGCACUUUAGCUGAUCUAAUUUUAAAAUGUUCCAGUCGUUAGGGUUUCCUCCUCGUUGCUUGGGAAACUGGUCUGUAUGCUAACAGAGCUCCCAUUAGGAAGCUUUUCCUGAUAAGAAAAUAAAGAGAGACUUUUCUUCAUUUCAGCUGUUAUAUGCCCUUGGAUCACAUUAAAUCAUCCUACUAGUUCUUGAUAUACACUUCUCUAGAGCAGUAGUUAAUUCUGGAAGGUGAGAGGUCAGACAGAGUUGACCAUCUAUGUUUUUAUUAUAUUACUUUGCAAAUGAUACCCUGUUUUACUUUGAUCUUUUUAAAAAAAUUGGCAAAGACCGUACUUACCACAGUCACUGGGAAGGUACUGCCUGCCUAGCCCCAACAGUGCUUCGCAAGACGAGAGAGAGAUCAGAGGGAUCACAUCCACCAGUGCACUUUUUGAGGCAGCAGUAUUUCCCAUAAAUGUGACUGCUGCCAGAUGGGACCUUGACAUAGUCUGUUGUACGCCCAUGUAGUCCUCAGCCGCUCUACUGAAACUGUCGUAACAAGAUCAAAAAGGUAAUAUAUCAAUAGCACUCUUAUGGAGUAAUAACUACUUGUAUUAGAUGUCAAGGUGGUUCAUACAAUGUGUAGUGUCAAAAUGUCACAAUGUAAACAUCACUCUGCAGAAUUAGUCAUUUAGUGUUACUGCGAACACAGCCCUUUGUUAAAAAGUAUGGGUUUGGGAUGGACAACCUGAUUGUAGACGUAAGAAAUCUAACUCCUGGAGCUUGCUGGUCUAAAGGAGGACAUGGUAACUGGUGGAGGGAACAAGGAACCGAGAGAUCAGUGUUGGGGUUCCAAGCUUCCUGGAUUAGCAGGUGGUGGAAGGGUGCCUAGUGACACUCAAACCCGUGUCAUGUCCUGGCCAUGCCAGGUGCUCUAGAAGGAGUCACACUCAGUCCUACAAGGACAGGGGGACAGACGAGGCCAGUGUGAGGCCAUGGGUAUUCCAAGAGGCUCAGAGGUUCAACAUUUCUGCUGCAUCUAUCUCCACAUGUGAGAGUGUUCAGACUCCUCCUGAACAAACAGUUUUAUGCAGAUCAUUUUGUCCUGUAUUCACGGGUCUCAAAGGGCAAAGAACAAAAAGCCUCGAGACAGUCAAGUUGGAGCUUGACUUGUCUUGGAGUCAAGACAGUCACACUGGGGUCAUCUAUCCCAAAUCCCAACCCACUUGCUGUCAAAGUAACUUUGUGGUGUUGUCCUCCAAUUAAUCUGUGUCCAAGUAUGUGCAAAAAGUGAUUAAAGAGCAGCUCACACCUUACCACAACACUGAGGGACGUUACUUAUUUGAUGGUCAACAAGUUGCACGUGACUUGAUUAUUCAAUUGGAAUUAAUUUUACAACUUGGUUUAGUUAUUCUUGGGUCAUACUCUCCAAUUUACCAGCUAACUUUGAAUCUGGUAGGGGGAAUACAGAGAUAAAAAUACAUUAGUAGAGUGAGAAGAAAUGUUGACUAUUAAAGAAAAAAAAAAAGGGCACACUAAAAGCGUUAGGCUCAACUCAUCGCCUGUUGUAGGGCUACUGAUGUCAACGAUGGAGUCACACCUGGGAUGGAUCUGGCUCCCCCUGUAGGGAAAUCAUCAAUAGAAUCCAGAAAGAAUGAUGUGAAACGCAAUACAAGCAGCCCAUUGCUGCAUUGGGAAGAGAUCAGAUGAAAGGAUUAGAGGCUAGGAGGGCAGAGAGAUCCCAGCUGUUCAGCUCUACGACCUGCUCUUCUGUUUUAUAUUGUGGCCCUUUCCCUACCCCAUUAUCGCUCCCAUAUUUAAAUAGAAAAGCCAGGGAUUCAUCUCUCUGAUACAGCCAGGCAUCCAGCUGCUCUAGCUACAAUGACGCCAUCGGGGGUGGCACUCUAUGCCUCUGUUUGGACUAGAAAGGCAGAGCGGUUAUAGGUCUCAGAGUCACAACACCACUGAGUCUCUUAGGAUAGUUUGAAGAUGAGAAUUAAGGACAACAACAUUGUAGUAAUGGGAACAAUAGAGAUUCUUCAAGGGAGUCCUUCAAGCUAUAAUUCCUUAUUGGUAUUUUUUUUUUAACCUGUGCAACUUACAUUCCAUCAAAUGAAGUGACUGUACAGAACACAAGGAUAGUCCAUAGUUCUGUAAGUGCAGUUGGUACACCACUGUUGUCAGGCUGUGCUCACAAACGAUUGCAUUUUAGUUGCAAACUUCCAUUUUCUUCCAAAACUAGAGUUCUAUUGAAACUGUAAAGACCGUUGAUUAAACAUACAGCGUGGUUUGUUCUCUUUGGUUUGAAACUUCUCAGAGCAAUUUUAUAAUAGACACAUCUUUCAGACAACGUGUGUGUGGCCCCUAUGCAUGGUAAGGCCCACAGCUGCAUUUCUCAGUGUGGCGGGAAACUAUUUUUGUGACAAUGGUUUUUGUUCUACACAAAGGCACGCUUGCAAUAAGUUUUUACAAAUUUUGUACACCAUGAGCUAAAUUCUGAGGUCCAAAAUGUGAAGUGUGGCAACAACAACAAAUUGGAUUUAUAGUCUCACUCUGAAAUCUUGUCAUGUGAUUUUAUUUCUUCAACAAAGUUUGUUUACAAUCAGCAACUUUGAAAUACAGUCAAAAUAUUACUG